AUGGAAGAAAGAUGGAAGGUGGAUAAAAAGUGGAUGGAAGAAAGAUGGAAGGUGGAUAAAAAGUGGAUGGAAGAAAGAUGGAAGGUGGAUAAAAAGUGGAUGGACGAAAGAUGGAAGGUGGAUAAAAAGUGGAUGGAAGAAAGAUGGAAGGUGGAUAAAAAGUGGAUGGUAGAAAGAUGGAAGGUGGAUAAAAAGUGGAUGGAAGAAAGAUGGAAGGUGGAUAAAAAGUGGAUGGAAGAAAGAUGGAAGGUGGAUAAAAAGUGGAUGGAAGAAAGAUGGAAGGUGGAUAAAAAGUGGAUGGAAGAAAGAUGGAAGGUGGAUAAAAAGUGGAUGGAAGAAAGAUGGAAGGUGGAUAAAAAGUGGAUGGAAGAAAGAUGGAAGGUGGAUAAAAAGUGGAUGGAAGAAAGAUGGAAGGUGGAUAAAAAGUGGAUCUAA